UAAUAAAAAAGAUGUUUCCCGCCUGCUUCCUUUUCUCGAAAAGAAUACAUUCAACGAAACACGGACUUACCAAAACCCACUCCCACCCCUGAGAAUCCGCAAUAAACCCCGCAAUAAUAGGAGCAAAAUAAUUACUCCCCGCAAGCAGCAGCGCAUACAAUCCGAUAUACCUGCCUCUCUCGUGCGUGAAGUAGAUAUCAGUUACGCUGAUCUCACAGAGACUCUCGAUAGGCGCACCCACGAACCCUUGGACAAUCUUGUUGGCGAUCCAUUGGCCGUUUGUUUUCGUGUGAGGGGCCCAGACUUGUGUUGCGAGAGUUGCAAGGAUCGAGACGAGGUAAAUGGGUCGUUUGCCGUACUGAAGAGCCAUGGGUUGCCAGAUCAAGCAGCCCCAUCCGAAAAAGAGAAACAUGUAUCUAUAUGUAACCGAAUCAUCAGACUGUGCUGUGGUGCGAAAGUGGGGUAACAGUCUUGCGGUUCCAGUGCAUUUGAAAACAUGCGAAGAAGAUGAAGACCGAAUAGAUAGCGGCGCUCGCGAUCCCGACCAUCAGCGUGUACACGCACAUGCACAAGGUGCUAAGCGACUUUCUCCGCCUCGACCAGUUUAA